UAGUUGCGUGGUAAUACCGUCGCGGAAGAGUCCAGAGAGGACAUUGCGCGUGGCACAGUGUUCAUAACAGGCCGUCCUUUUAAGAGUGUCAUUUUAAGCCGUGCGUCGUCGGUACCUUCUUGCUGGCUAAAGUUUGGUACAGGUAGCCGACAGCCUGCCCCACCACUACAAUGAGGCUGUGCACGUUCGGACUAUGGACGGUUUCACCGACAAGGGUGUGCCUUCUGCUAUUCGCCUUCCUGGCAGUGCACUGUAGUGCGUACCCGAAAUCAUCGACGUCAUCGACAGCAGAUUCAGUCACCUUAGGAACCGGCCGAGGGCUGCCAUAUCAAAGUUCGGCACGCCGGCAUCGCCACGGACGCCGUUUGGACGCUGGACCAGCAUUGCUGCCUCGAAGAGCCCAUGUUGAUUCGAGAGGUAGCACUCCUGUAGUUGCAGAUUACGAUGCCGAAGGUGAAGACUACCGGCCAUACUACGACUACUGGCCCCCAAGUACUGACAAACGCAAAGACAAAGCACUGGGUGGGUACCACCCUCAUUGGCGCCACCACAGGCAAGGUAGGCGACGCUACGACGAAUUCGACAGCGACUACUACUACGACGGUUACGUGGACAAACACGACUACAAGAACGAGUACGACAUCGUGUUUCCCCUGCUGAUCCUGAUUAUGGCACCACUGGCGGUGUCUGCUUUUCUGCUUCCGAUCAUUGCAUCCAUGAUGACCAACACGUUUUUCCUCGUAAAUGGGGCGACGUCGGCUGCUAUUCAAGGACGUCGCAGGCGGAGUGUGCCAGAGCUGGUGCCAUCAGUUGAAGAGCUCAACAAGCUGGAAGAGGUUCUGUUAAAGGCCAUCGAGAAGUACACGGGCCUCGGAGGAAUUCAGGAUAAGAAAGACGUGGCUCAAUCGUCGACACACUACCAAGCCAUGAAGACCUGAAGAAAACGUGCGUGCUUAGAAAAGGACGACUUGCUGCUGUGCCUUGUGGCCAAGAAACUGGGAAUAAGUGGACUCUUGAGGGCCCAUUGUUCUUGCCUGUAGAUGCGCUGGAAUACAAGUGUUAGGGAAGGUAUGCUCAGGUCUAAAAUAUGCUUCGUACUCGAUUGCUGUUAAGGUUGUACCGGUAUCAGCAACACAUGUCGACACUUGAAAUAAUGUCAAAAAGUCUGACAAGUCCCGCUCGAAGUGCCUAGAUAUUUCUAUUUUCUACAAAUAUGCAAAGGUUCUUAACAACUGAGUCACGCUGCCAAGCCUGUAUUGUUGGCAUAAAUCCGAAGAAAGUUAUCAUCAUAGCGGCAUCAUAUAUAUUUAAUGCUGCAGGAUCAGUGCUUACAAUUCGAUGUAGGAUAAAAUUGUUGCAAUAAAAGAAGCCACCUUUGUGUUUCAAGCAAAAAACCAAAACUUGUUUGCGCCGUUACACCGGUCAGUUUCUGCGGCAUUUCUGGGCGAAGAGCCUCUAUGAACUAAAAGAAGGACUCCUGCAAAAUCUCUGUUUAGGUUAACACAACAAAGCGAUGAUAUCAUGCGGAAGUGUUUAAAGUAGCUCGUGUUAUGCGUUGUGUCAAUAAAGCCAGUCAUUUCGUGCUACCGAAAA